GAGGGACGCUGGCAAGAUGGCGUAACGACUGAGUAUCAAUAAACAUGUUCUCUCGUGACAUAUGAAUGUUCGACCUCGGAAACAUGACAUGGUGGCAGCGGUAAAAGAAAGAAACGACUAACCUCAAGAACAAGUAGACGCCGUCCAGAGACCGGUGAGCGCCCACCAACUACUCAACAUGCCGGACGAAGAAGGAAACAUCGUCACACAAAGGGCAGCGGCAGCGCAGCAGCAAAAUGGCGGGAACUUCUUCAACCCGUUCGCCAUCGAACUUCCAGAAAAGUUGGACUUUCGCGAUCCAAGUGACUGGAAACGGUGGAGUGCACGUUGGGAGCGCUACCGUGUCGUGUCGGGUCUUCACCUCCGCGACGCGGAAACACAGGUGAACACUUUUCUGUACGCGAUGGGCAAGGGAGCCGAAGACAUCUUAGCGUCAUUGCAACUGACCGACGCCGACCUCGCCGACUACACAACAGUGAAAGGCAAGUUCGAGGAACACUUCAUCCCCUGCACGAACAUAAUAUUCGAGAGAGCAAAGUUUAACCGUCGUAAGCAAGAAGCGAACGAGUCCGUCGAGGCGUUCAUCACGGAUCUCCACAAGCUCGCCGACACGUGCGAAUACGGUCGGCUGAAGGAAGACCUCACCCGCGACCGGUUGGUUGUGGGACUUUUAGACGUGGGACUAAGCGAGAAGUUACAGCUAGAUCCCAAGCUCACGUUACAGACCGCCACAAAGAAAGCACGUAACUCGGAAAUCGUAAAAAAACAACAGAACGAGCUGCGCGAUAAAGCUGAACAAGGUGCUGCGGUAGACGAGCUGCGAGGGCCAAAAGGACGCCUGAACUACGGAAAUGGGCCACGAAAAGGAGGCAAGGCACCAGUCAGACAUCCGACGGUACAAACCUCUUGCAAGUGGUGUGGCAGCACUCGACAACACUCAAAGAAACAAUGCCCUGCGGCUGGAAAGCAGUGCCACAACUGCAGGAAGACCGGGCAUUACGCCACUGUAUGCUUGUCGGGACAUCAACACUUGGGAGGAGAACCACAGCAGAGGCCAUUCACCACAAAAAAAGGAACUGCAAAUGCGGAGGCCGUGUUCCUCGGUGAGCUCUGUGACAAAGAAAACCAAGAGCCAUGGUUCAUCACAGCAACGGUGGAAGGACGUCCAGUGCACUUCAAAGUUGAUACAGGAGCAGACGUCAGUGUUAUUCCUCCGUCCCAGCACGACAACAACUGCAUGGAGAAACCAAAGACACCGAACAAGAGACUUUUUGGACCUGGCCGAACACCCAUCAAGGCAAAGGGAAUGUUUGAUGCAACCAUUUCAUGGCAAGGCAGGUCAACAUACCAACAAGUCUUCAUAGUGGAAGGGCUACAGACUGCACUGUUAGGACGACCAGCCAUACGAGCUCUUAACGUUCUGGCACACUUGGAGACAGUGGAAACAAAAACACAGGAUAACCAGACUCAAAAAGGCAAGUCUCCCGAGGCGAGACCAGAAUUCAGCUCACUGUUCACGGGUCUGGGUGAAAUGAAGACAGCUUACAGGGUGACGCUCCAAGCCAAUGCUACACCUUAUGCAGUGGCAGCACCCCGACGAGUACCUGUUCCACUCCUGCCUAAAGUCAAAGCCGAACUCGAAAGCAUGGAGAAACUGGGAGUCAUCAGGCAAGUUGACCAUGCAACGCCCUGGUGUGCGCCUAUGGUCAUUGCAAAGAAAAAGAAUGACGAGAUCAGGAUAUGCGUCGACUACGGACAGCUAAACCAGAAAGUGAUCCGGGAGAGAGUCAUCAUGCCAACAGUGGAGGAAAACCUGGCAAAGUUGGCAAAUGCGAAGCUCUUCAGUAAGCUCGAUGCCAAUGCUGGCUAUUGGCAGACACCCCUUGCACCAGAAUCACAAGACUUGACCACUUUCAUUACGCCAUUUGGAAGAUUUCAGUUCCUGCGGCUACCCUUCGGCAUCGCAACAGCUCCGGAGUUCUUCCAGAGGGAAAUGCUCCGCAUCCUCGAAGGACUGCCUGGGCAAGCAUGCCACCAAGACGACAUUGUCGUGUUUGGGAGAGAUCGAGCUGAUCAUGAUGCUAAACUUCUAGCAGUGCUCCAGCGCCUCAAGGAAGCUGGAAUGACGUUAAAUUCACGCAAGUGUGAAUUUCGGAAAACGAAAAUCAAGUUCCUUGGACACGUGCUGGACAGUAACGGUAUCGCUGCAGACCCGGAGAAAACAGAAGCCAUCAGAAAGAUGUCACCACCAGGGAACACGACUGAGCUGAGAUCCUUCCUGGGCAUGGUGAAUCAGUUGGCCAAAUUUCUUCCAGGACUAGCCGAGAAGACAAAGCCGCUACGAGAGCUGCUGCUCAACGAGACGAGUUGGUGUUGGCACCAACCUCAGCAAAGAGCGUUCGACGAGAUCAAGGCUGACCUGACGACAACUCCUGUCCUGUGCUACUACAACCCUCAGAAGCCUUUGACACUAUCAGCAGACGCUUCAUCAUAUGGCUUAGGAGCCGUACUCCUCCAAACCGACGACGAGGGGAAGCGACAGCCAGUGGCAUAUGCCUCCAGGGCUAUGUCACCAACAGAGCAAAGGUAUGCUCAAGUGGAAAAGGAGGCUCUCGCUGCAACGUGGGCGUGCGAGCAUUUCAGGAUGUAUGUGCUCGGACUGCACUUUGUGAUUGAGACUGACCACAAGCCAUUGGUGCCUUUGUUUUCGACGAAGAGCAUUGACGAAAUGACACCGCGACUUCAGCGUUUUCGCAUGCGUGUGCUCGAAUACGACUUCACGAUUGUGCACAUUCCAGGAAAGGACAUGCACACUGCCGACGUGUUGUCGCGAAAGCCACUACAGUGCCUAGAUGAAAACCUCGCGUCAGCAAUCGAAGAGUAUGAACUACUUACGAUCGAGCAACUGCCAGCCUCGACUGACAUGCUAAACAAAACUAGAGCCGAGCUGCAAAAGGACAAGACGACGUCACUCGUCAUGCACUAUUGUGCAACAAAAUGGCCCAAAACGGAGACGUUGACACCAGAAGUGCGCAAGUAUGCAAGUGUCGCCGACGAACUGUCAGUUGUACAUGGACUCCUGCUCAGGGGAACAAGACUCGUCUUUCCUCCAAGUCUACGCCAGGAAGUACUGGAAAGACUUCACACAGGACACCAAGGUAUUGUCAGGUGUCGAGCGAGAGCACGCGAGUCUACAUGGUGGCCAGCGAUCAGCCAAGACAUCGAGGUGUUCGUGAGCAGAUGCCCAGCCUGCGAGAGGCACCGCCAAGCACCAACCGAGCAUCUGCUUCAAACUCCUCUCCCAGAACGUCCUUGGCAAGUGGUCGGCACCGAUUUGUUUUACUUCAAAGGAAGAAACUACAUCCUAGCCGUCGACUACUACAAGUUUUUUGAACUUGAAGAGCUGCACGGGACACUGACGAAGCAUGUUGUCCAUUUCCUGGAAGACCUGUUCGCUCGCUAUGGCAUUCCAGAUAUCAUUAGGUCGGACAACGGCCCACAGUAUAACUCACUCGAGUUCGCACAAUUUCUGAGUGGCUGGGGCGUAGAACAUGUGACAUCUAGCCCACACUAUGCCCAGAGCAAUGGUGAGGCUGAGAGAGCGGUCCAGACGGCCAAAAACAUUCUGCGAAAAUCUGACAGGGUCAUUGAAGGCCUUCUGGCACACCGAGCAACGCCAGGCCCUGAGGGCUACUCCCCUGCCGAACUUCUCAUGGGCCGCAAGCUAAAGACAAAUGUUCCUACCAUACCUGAGGCAUUGCAACCAAAGUGGAUGUAUCGAUCCACGUAUCGACAACGAAACAAGGCCAUUCGGGAGAGGGAGGCGGAAAACUACAAUAUACGACACAGGACGCAAGAAAGAGAGCCCCUCCAUCCAGGUACGGUGGUCUACGUCAGGCAAGGCACCCAACAAGGAACCGUUGUUGGACCAGCAGAUACACUGAGAUCAUACAUCGUCCAGACAGCCGCUGGGAAUGUCCGACGUACAAGAAAGCACCUGCACGCAGUGCCUCAGGGAAAUCUUCCUAACAAUGGAAAACCGCCCUGCCCAGAAGAGGCCAUUCAAGUCACCCGCAGCGGUCGAGCCGUGAGACCACCAGAACGUCUCAGCCUUUAGUUGAGCCAAAGACUCGCUUCUCAGGAGGGGGAGGUGUCGUGUACGGUGAACUGUUGUGGCGCGUUCUCAACAGAGGGUGCCACCUCACCGGCGCACGGGGCAGCAAGCAGAGGCAGCGCGGCCAGAGGGACGCUGGCAAGAUGGCGUAACGACUGAGUAUCAAUAAACAUGUUCUCUCGUGACAUAUGAAUGUUCGACCUCGGAAACAUGACAG